AAAACGACGAGUAGCAAAAGAAAUGAAUUUGGUGGUGGAAAGCCAAAUAAUAUCUAUUAUCGAAAACCCAUGACAGUUGUGAGACUCCUAUUUGAUACCAAAAUCCCAAGUCUUAUCUGCUGGCUAUAGCAACCACAUUUUGGAUGCUGUGAAAGUGGCCCACAAAAAUCUUGGUGGCCAUAUUUGAGCUUUGUGGAUUAUAAUUCGCACUGCUUCUUGGUGUUUCCUAAUCAAACCCAAAAUGGCUGCACAAGCAUUGGUCUCUUCUUCUUCCAUCUCUUCCUCUGCUGAGCUCGCCAGACAAAUUCUGGGAGCCAGCGCCCGCCCUCUCCCCUCCUCAAGAAAGCUUUCCUUUCUCGUCAAGGCCGCUUCCACUCCUCCUGUUAAGCAAGGAGCUGACAGGCAACUCUGGUUCGCCUCCCAGCAAAGCCUCUCCUAUUUGGACGGAAGCCUCCCCGGCGACUACGGGUUCGACCCGUUGGGUCUGUCGGACCCGGAGGGCACUGGCGGCUUCAUCGAGCCCAAAUGGCUUGCCUACGGCGAGAUCAUCAACGGGCGUUUCGCCAUGCUGGGCGCGGUCGGAGCCAUCGCGCCGGAGAUCCUGGGCAAGGCAGGGCUAAUCCCGCCGGAGACAGCGCUGCCGUGGUUCCAAACCGGAGUGAUCCCCCCGGCGGGGACCUACAACUACUGGGCCGACAACUACACCCUGUUCGUCCUGGAAAUGGCGCUGAUGGGGUUCGCAGAGCACCGGAGGUUCCAGGACUGGGCGAAGCCGGGCUCGAUGGGGAAGCAGUACUUCCUGGGGCUGGAGAAGGGGCUGGGGGGGUCGGGCGACCCGGCCUACCCCGGCGGCCCCUUCUUCAACCCCCUGGGCUUCGGCAAGGAUGAGAAGUCCAUGAAGGAGUUGAAGCUCAAGGAGGUGAAGAAUGGGAGGCUGGCCAUGCUCGCCAUCUUGGGUUACUUCAUACAGGCUUUGGUCACCGGCGUCGGCCCCUUCCAAAACCUCUUGGAUCAUUUGGCCGAUCCCGUCAACAACAAUGUGCUCACCAGCCUCAAAUUCCAUUAAUAUUAAUUGUCUUUGUAGCUAAAUUAAUUCACCAUGUGCAGACAUAUUAUAUGUAUAUCUUGCCAUAUCUAGCAACGAAAGGCGGCUUUUAUGAUUAA